UACAACACAACAAAACGCAGGAAAAGCUGAGAGUAAAACUGUUUAAUUUUAGAUUUAAGUAAAAAAAAACUGGUAUUAAUAUUCUCCGUUUCUUCAUUGAACACGCCAGACAUGUCUUCUGCAGAUUUCGUGCGCAUUUUGAAUGAAGUUGGGUAUCCUAAAGCCUCAAAAUUCAACCCAUCGGACUGGGACUGGAUGUUUGAGCUGGGCGGCGGCGCGGGCGCCUUCCUCCAGUGGCUGUGCCGCUCUGUGUCCGCCAGCAAUGUUCUGACAGACGCCGAGCGGACCGCCUACAGCCGGGUGAAGGAGUCGGAGGGUGUCCUCGAGGGCGCGCGGCUGGACGAGGCGCUGGCUGCCCUGGAGGAGGAGGAGACGGACCUGCAGCUGGAGGUACAGCAGCUCACUGCUGACCUGGACUCGCAGCGCGCCCGGCUGGAGAAACUGAGCCGCCUGCGAGACCAGCUCUGCAAUGAGAACCUGAGCCUCUCGAUGGAGCUGAGUCAGCUGACAGAGAGUCAGACGGCGGCCCGGGCGACGCGCCACCGACUCCGGCAGCGGCUGGCAGCCGACGAGCUGGCGCUGAACGACGGGCGCGCGCGCCUGGCCACCGCCGCGCGCCGGCUGACGGGCCAGCUGACCGAGUCGCGCGGCGCGCUGCUCGGUCAGACGCCGCUGGACGGCGUGGAGGCCACCGAGCAGCGCGUCAGCGAACGGCUGGCCGAGCUGGCCCGGCGCGCCUUCAGCUCGGCCCAGCGCGGCGGCGCCGAGCCCGACUGCAGCCUGCUGGACCUGCGGCCGGCGCGACUGGGCGGCGAGGCGGCGCACCGCCGGCUGGCCGCCCAGCUGACCCGGCUGGAGCGGCUCCUACCGGCGGCCAAACGGGGCGCGCAGGCGGCCGCCGCCGAGACGGCAGGGCUCCGGGACGCCAUCCAGCUGGCGGAGCGGCUGUGCUCCGACCCGGCGCAGCGGGCGGCCGUGGCGACGCGCCCGGUGCCGGCCGCCCCCUCCGCCGACCGAGACGCCCAGCUGCGGCAGGCGCUGGCCGCCGCCGCCGAGAAGUACGUGCAGGGUAUCCUGGCGCGCGCCUGUGUGGGCGACCACGCGCUGAAGGUGGAGCGGCAGGAGGCGGCUCUGGAGCGGCAGGCCGAGGCGCGCGCCGCCGCCGUGCAGCAGCUGGCGCGACUGGAGUGGCUGCGCCGCGCCGUGGCUGCCGAGAGCGGCACGGUGUCCGCCGCCGGCGACACGCUGGCCGAGGCCGGGCAGCAGGCCGACGAGCGGGCCCGGCAGGUGGAGCACAGGCUGCGUCUGAUGGAGCGCACGGCCCACCAGGCGGCGCAGUCUGCCGACCCGGACGGCCCCGCCGCCGAGCUCCGGUCGGCUCUGGCCCUGCCGGACACCGCCAGCCCCUCCGAGUCCGAGCAGCUGCGCGCCGGGCUGCGCCAGCAGCUGUCCUCCCAGCGGCGCCAGCUGCGCACCGCCGGCCGGCUGCAGGCGGCGCUGGAGCGCAGCACGGUGGCCGCGCGCACCGGCCGGCUCGAGCAGACCGUGUGCGGCGUGCAGCCCGAACUGAAGGCCGUGCUGCGCCAGUGGGAGGAGCGCCGCGGCGCCCGGCCGCCGCAGGACACCCUCUGGAUGCUGAUGCUGACCGCGCCGGCCCGGCUGGAGACCACCGUGCUGGAAGCGGAGAGGGCGGCCGCCGGCGAGCAGGGCGUCCGGGCCGCCGCCGCCGCCGCCGCAGCCGGGAACUGAGGAGGAGGGAACGCGAACGGUGAGGACGGCGCCCCGUCAGCCGCGACGGCAGAGGGCGCCGCGAGGGGCGGGAGGGCGCAGCGUAGAUGUCGCCUUUUGCUUAGUGCUGCUGCUGUGUAGAUAUUCGUUUUUGGAUGAUGAGCCCCGAAACUGAGAUAUGGGUGGGUGAAGAUACGACGUUACGUCAGCCCUGGAAGACUGUAAUGGAUGGCUUGUUUUGACCAUGAUUUUGCCGUUGAGGGCUUAAUCAACAGGGCGCGAUGUCGGGGCCCAGGACGUGUUAACUAACACCUAUCGCUAUGAGUGGUUACUUACGUGUACCGAGGACAAACUGUUUUCUGACUGAGAUCGUUUGUGAGUGGUUCCGAGAGCUGUGCGUAGCUGCUCGUGUUGCAUGGCUUGCUUAUGUUUCUCUGUAUGCUAGAACGAUUCUUGCUUACGCUGCCUUUCUUUUGCUAUAGAAGCGUUUAUGUUAAAUGUUUCUUCUGAGCAUCCCUAAGGGGGCUCGUGAUGGAUUCGAGUUAAACCCCCGCACAUUAUAAUCAAGUAAUAAACCAAGAGCUGAA